AACUAACACCACUGUCAAAUAAACCUCAACAAUAACGCUAACAAUCCAACAAUAAUAAGACUAAAUAAUAAAAUAAAAUAAUAAUAAUAACAAUAAUAAUAACAAUGAAAUGUACACCAAGAUACGCCCAACCCACUUACCAAUACCAAUAUCCAACCCCUCCACUCGAUACCUAAAGAAAUCACGCGACACCUAACCCAAAUCCAAUCCAAAAUCAUCGUAUAGCGAAUGGGACGUCGGUAAAAAAUCGUGCUACGUGAUCCAACAGCUUAUCGGCUGCAGACCGAGGCGACGAACGGUUACGCGAUCGUCGGCCUUCGCCGGCAUCGCCCUUGGUAUCCAUGGCCAGGCUGGCUAGAGAAAUGACAACGGGAUCGGGUGUCUUCCCGUGCGCCGGUGAGAGAGAGCCACGAAAAUGGAGAGCCCCCGUGGUGGCUCCAUUUUUCCUCGGCUACGUUGACACCCGCAGAGCCUGCCUCUACUCGUUUUACAAACACGCUUACCUUGCCCCCAGGGAGAACGGAAACGCGGGUCUGUCCCAGGCCCACCGUCGCGAAAAAUCCGCCCUGGAUCCACUAGCUAGUUACGUGAUCUUACGUCUUGUUACCACCAGCCUGCAUGCGUGAUCUAGAACGGCUAUAAAAGCCGGUCUAGGACGACGCGUCUCAUAGUCUCGAGCGCGUCCAACGAUCCUCCGAGCGAGAUCACGUCGACGAUCCCUCCUCAGAAAAUCGGGCAGGAAGCCUCAGAACAGCGUCUAAACAACGUCUCGAACGACCGUCGUCAUGGGGCCGGUUGCCGGUUUACUGUUGGCAGGCCUGGUCUCCACGGCCCUCGCCAAGCCGGGGAUCCUGUCCGGGCCCCUGAUCGCCACUUUAACCCCUGCCGCGCCUGUUGGGCCCGAUGGCCGAGUGCUGGACACGCCGGAAGUGGCGGUCGCCAAGGCGGAACACGCGGCAGCCCAUCUGAACGAGAGAUUGAAGCUGGCCGACGAGGCAGCCAGAUCCGCAGGUGGCCCAUCAUCCCAGGCGACAGUCACUCUCAAACAGUCUUCCCUCUUGGUAGCCGCUCCGAGCGUUUUGGUACCCGGGGCGCCCCUCGGCCCCGACGGCAGGGUGGUCGACACGCCUGAAGUCGCCGUAGCAAAGGCGGCUCAUGCCGCGGCUCAGGCGAACGAGAGGCUCAAUUUGGCGAACGAGGCUGCCAGGUCUGUCGCUGCGGAUCUGAACAGACCGCUGGUACCGCUGGUCACCAACGGAAUAGUAACUCCGGCGGUGAUCCAGGCGGCGACGGUAGGCCCUGAUGGAAGAGUGCAGGACACACCGGAAGUGGCGGCGGCGAAGGCGGCUCACGCGGCGGCCCAAUUCAACGAGAGGAUCAACCUGGCCAACGAGGCGGCCAGAUCAUCGGGGACGAUAGUGACGGCUGCCCCAGCAGUGGCGGUUCCCCUUGUGGCCAGCAACGCUGUGGUGGUCCCAGCUGCGCCCAUCGGCCCUGACGGCAGGGUGCAAGACACCCAGGAGGUGGCUGUGGCGAAAGCAGCCCACGCGAACGCUCAUCUGAACGAGAAACUGAACCUGGCCAACGAGGCAGCCAAGUCUGCCGACGUCCUUGCUGUUGCUGGCCCCGCGCUCGCCUAUGGUCGGCUCGUCUAUUAAUUAACUGAUAUCGUUUCUGACACGUUCACCGCUUGCGUCUUUCUAUUCGAGUCGGCACGCAUACUUUUAUCAUACGGGGAGUGACGAAAUUUUGUCGGAAAAAAAAGGCAGGAAAAGCUUUCAUAAUAAUCCAUAUUAAGUAGUGAUCCAUAUAUAUACGUGUAAAGUUUUUGCGACGUAGAAAUAGCUUUUGUAUGAAAAUUAUUCGUGUUUAGGGCGUUAGAUUAUAUGUAGGUACCGAGGAUUUGAUCAUCGCAGUGAACGUGUUAAUUAAAAAUAAACGAAGGAUCAUUCGUGAUUAAUUAGUCGAUACUUUAUUAGUUGCUCGUAGGGAGGGGAACGUGGGCCAUGGAUGGGGAACGAUUUUCGGUGUUCUCUCGAACAAGAUGUAUCUUUUUUUUUCUUCUAAUCAUUCGAUUGGCCAGCUUCUGUUUUUGAUUUAUUAUCAGAUUUAAUUAUCAGAUUCGAAAGUAAAAAAAAAAAAAAAAAAAAAAAGAAAAAAUAGGACUACGAGAAAUGAAGCAAAUUAAUCAUUUUGAUCGUUGCUUUCUAUCCUUUUUAUGAUCCUUUUAAUUUCGACAUUUUUUUUUUUGAAGGGAUGAUAAAGUUGUUGAAACUGCCAUGUAGAAGCGAACGAUGAUUGUAGACUGGUUUAAUAAAGUGAAUUUUGAAGAAA